AUGAAAUACUCCCUCAGCUUUCUCGCAGUGUUUUCAGCUACUGCUCAUGGCAUCCAGUCAGCCCGCUCUUGGGUCGUCAAUACGCAUGCUCUGGAAGACUGCAGCGAUCCUACACCAGUCGGCUACACCGGCUUCGAUGUCACGUUGAUGGAUAACCACAUACGUCCCAUUCAAUUCCCAGAGGGCACGAGAGCUAUUUGGUUCCGUGACUCUGAUACUGCAGCCCAUGUGCUCGAUCUCCAUGAUGGACACAAGGUUAACCUCCAACCUGGUUCUGCCGCUGUGUGUGUUCCAGUUAGUGGGAUGAACGGCUUCAGUCUUUCGCCAGCCCUCCCUUCCUCGUCGAUCGCCUUGCGCUCUCCGGACACCGCUCUUGCUUUGAUCAUGCCCGACGCCGAAUUCUACGCUUGGAACCUUGGACGCCGUCAGCAGAUUUACGCGCACGCCACUGCUACCGUUGCUGCCUGUGCGCUUUCGCAACCUUGGCUCUGCGGCUUCGGCGUGAUUACCACCGUGAUUGAGACAGUUUUCCUCGUCUACGAAACCGCGCGCUAUAGUCAACACCGCGCAGGCGACAAACGAGACCUGCACAGCCUCAUCGACGGCCCCAUUGAGCGAGACGAUAUGAUUGAGGGAAAGAAGGUCAUUCUGAAAACCGUCGACGUCAACGACCCACUCUCCAAAAGCGACGCCUUCUCCCUCGUCGGCCGUGAUCUAGAAGAAUCGCACAUCUACAUCACCGUAGAUGUUAUCGACGACAUCACCGGCAAGGUCGAACAUGCAUUCGCCGACUUCAACCCUGCGACUAACGAAACCAUCGCUUCUGCGCCCGCUGCUGGAGGUCUUGGACGCGUCGGUGAUGGCCACCUGACGCGCCGCCAGGCAAAUGCUGAAGACUACACUGUCCAUUACCAGAGCUACAACAUGGAUUCCGCGGCUGCCGAUUUCUUCCCCAUGCGAAGUGACACCGCGCAGAAGCUUGCUGGGGAGAUUUGGGACUGGGGUCGUGAGCAGAACCUGGGGGGUAAGUGUGCGGCGCUUGUCAGGCAAGGUGAGCAGCUCAACAACGGCUACUUUUCUAUCAGGACUGGUCCUUUUACUGCGCACCGCGACUGCUAG